AUGAAUAAUGAAAACCAUCAGACUGAUGUUCCAAUGUUUGGUACGAAUAUGAAUGGACAGAUACAGCCAAGAGGACCACAACCUAAUCAGAUGGGUCAACAAUCACAAUCACAAUCACAAUCACAACCACAACCACAACCACAACAAAGCCAAAACCAACGUGUGGGUUCUUUGCCAAUGCUAACACCUGAACUAUUAGCAUCGUUAACUCCCCAACAAAUGCAAGCAAUGAAAAACCACCCACAGUUUCAGGAAAUGAUUCGGCAAUAUAUCCAGAGGCAACAGCUUUUAAAUCAGCAAGGUAAAGGCUUUCCUGGAGGUGCUCCUAAUUUCCCCCAGACGCAAAACAUACCACCAUCACAAGCACAAGCACAAGCACAGGCACACCAGCAUCAGCAGGCACCACGGCAACUGCCAAUCGCAGUUCAUGGCAACAACAACAUGGUUCUAAAUGGCCCCCAACGAAUAUCCCAACAAGGACCCACAGCUUUUCAACAAGGUGCUGGUGCACACCCAACACAAUCUAAUAACUUUCCAAAUGCUCAGCAACAUCAACCACAUUCGCGCUUGGGUCCACAACAACAACCACCUCAAGGAGGAUUCGAUGGUAAUUUCCCUGGUGGUACUGUUCCCAACAAUUUACCCCAACAAGCACCCAAUGUACUGGCCCCGGCAAUGCAAGCGGGGAUACCAGGCGCUAAUAUACCAAUCGUAGGACCCCUGGCUCCACCUUCUGCAGGGGCGGCUGACGCUCACAUUAUGUACAAUGUAGUUGGAGGCGCCAUGCCAAUAAGCGAACCCAAUGGAGUAAUGCCAUUCCCCCAUGGCCAACUGCCCAAUUUUUUUCCUCCCAAUAGUACAAGUCACACUCCGUCACUGGCAAAUUUGCAGAAACCAGGUCUCCUUGACCCAUCUCGCAUGAAUUCGUUUGCUGCUAUCCCAGGAGUCACUCCUGCAAAAGCUCAGGAGCUACAGGGCAAGCUACCUAUCAAGCAGUUGACGAGUCUUCAUCAGUGGUCAGAUAGGUUUGAAGCGGAAGGCAGACCGGCUCCAUUGGAUACAGAUGUCUAUGAGGAGAUUAUACAGAGAGACUCGGACUAUUUGUUAAACUCGGCAAAGCAGCAUGUCACUAUGAGGCACGAAGUUGAAUCUGCUUCCCGCGAUUUACAACAGUACAAUCAAAUAAAACAGUUGCGAAUGAACUCAAUACAGUUGAGUGCCAAGAACCAAAUGAACAAUAGUAUAUGGGGUGAAGGAUACCAAGGCUAUGGUAAUGGGAUCACAAACACCAUCAGUCGAUUAUCACUUCCAGAAAGGGACAUUUCAGACCGGAUGAUUAAUGAAAGACUAGCUCAAACAAAAGGCCCCAAAAACUAUGUGCCAAUCAGGCUUGAGUUCGAUCAGGAAAGAGACAAGUUUAAGUUGCGCGAUACAUUUUUGUGGGAUUUGAAUGAAAAGGUUUUCACUAUAGAGGACUUUACAAGUCAGUUAUUGGAUGAUUAUAAGCUUAUACCGCGUAUUCAUUAUCAAACGAUAUUGAACAGUAUUAAGGAGCAAAUUGCCGAGUACCAGCAAAAGCCUGUAAAGACAACCGGGGAAAUACGUAUACCUAUCAAGAUUGAUAUAAUCAUGAACAAUACCCAACUCACAGAUCAGUUUGAAUGGGACAUUCUCAGGACCAAUGAAAAUGAACCAGAAGAGUUUGCCACAAUCAUGUGCGAUGAGCUUUAUCUACCAGGAGAGUUUAGUACCACUAUAGCCCAUAGCAUACGUGAGCAAUGUCAAAUGUAUAUCAAGGCAUUGAAUUUGGUGGGGUGCAAUUAUGAUGGAACCCCAGUUACUGAAGACUCAAUUCGUAAUCACUUGCUUCCGCCAUUACGUUUAGCAUCGAAGGAUUAUCAAGUUGUUGAUGAUUUUUUCUCCAUUUUGAGAAAUCCGACAAAUGUAACUGAUUUUAGUCCUCAGUUGAUCAAAUUGACGGAAUUGGAACUUGAAAGGAUGGAUAAAGAGAUGGAAAGAGAAAGUAGGCGUAAGAGAAGGCAUAAUUAUAAUGAAGAUGGACAGACCUUUAGUGGUUUUGGUGGCGGCAGUGGUGGAUUUGGUUCAGGCACAUUUACUCCUACAGGAAAUGAAGGUUUCAACAAAACAAUACUGAGUGUCGGUAGUUCAAGAGGAUUCCUGUCGUCAAGACGUAAUGCUGCCCAUAUUGGUAGAGGCAACGUGAUACCAGAUUUAUCCGAUGUGCCUAAAACAUUUAGAACCCCAGCACCAUCAAGUAUCUUACCGGGUGCAAUUGACUUGGCAGUACCUGAAGUUUACGAAUAUGAUGAAAUAUUUGUCAAUCACUCCCAAGUCAAGAAUCCAGAUUAUAGACCUCCAACACCUGACCCAGUAUUGAGUGAUCGAGUGCUGUAUGAACACGAUCCAUUGGAAGGUACUUUUAAUGUAACAAUAAAAUUGUAG